AUGUCUGCAGCCGUCGAUCUCGCCCCUCUCGAGUUUGGCCGUCAUCCCCUGCUGGACGGUAUGGCUCGACCUCAUCACCACAACUAUCAUGACCCAUAUUCCCUCCGGCAUGGGCACUAUGCCCAGGAACAGCAGCUUCAAACAGCCCAAGCCACUCCGCUGCCGCGGCUGCCUCCAAUGGCUACAAUGAUUUCAGCGGCAGGAGGUUCGAGCCAUUCGCCUGUGCUUCCCAAUGGCCGCGACGCUCCGUUGUCAAGCGGGAAACCGAGCUACUACUCGGACUACGCGACCCCUUCGCCUGUUGGGCAGACGCCGCCUCAGCUUCCAGCCUUAAGCAGCGAUGUCCAGGCCAUGUCAAGGCGGACAAUCGACCUCCGGCGGUCCCCAGCCCUGUCAUCAACAGCCAGCGAGAGGUCGUCCGAUGAGGUGUCUCAGGAACUACGACUGAGGCAACUAAGCAGCUUUCAGGAGCAACAACAACAUCACAACAACCUUCCCCAGAGUCAACAAGCCCAGAUACCUCGCCCCUACUUCCACCAGCCAUCUCCGCGGGCAAGGGCGGACUCCUUUCAGCAGCCAGACGCCGCCCUCGCGCCAACAAUAUUUAAAGGGCCGUCGUAUUCACCCUCGAUAGUACCAAACGGCCGCCCUCACCCUUACCACCAGCAACAACAACAACAACAACAACAAACACCACACCCGCUUCGGAGCCCACCCACCACGCAAGCCAGUGUUUCGCCACGGCAAGAAGCCAAAUCCAUGAGCAUCUCCAACCUCCUGACCUCCGACGGCAACGCUGCCGCUGCCGCUGCCGCUGCGACAAUCACCACUGCAACAGCCACCAGCACGACAGCAGCCAGCUCCUCACCUCGGCCAGCCACCUCCCUAACCACACCGCAACAAGCGCCCCGGCCGCCGCCGCUCGCCCACCCGGAUCCAACUACCUCCUCGUACAGGAUCACAGUCCGCCAACAGCCCUUCGCGGCGCGGUCAUGCGGGUUCGGCGAGCGCGACCGGCGUGUUAUCGACCCGCCGCCGAUCGUGCAGCUGAGCAUCCACGACCCCGGGCUGGCGGCCGACGAGGUGUCGCGGCAGCUGCGGCACCAGUUCUCGGUGGUUCACUGCUCCAUCUGGGACGAGAAGGGCACCCGCGACAUGUCAAGCAUGCCCGAGGACUUUCGGCAGCAGCGGCGGCUGAUGGGCACGCUCGUGGCAUCCCCUUUUGUCGGGCAGGACGAGCACGGCGCCGAGGGGUGUUUUUUCUGCUUCCCCGACCUGUCGUGCCGGACGCCGGGGUCGUUUAGACUGAAAUUUGCGCUGGUGGUGCUUGAUCCUAGGCGGAUGCAUAUGGGUGAGCGGAGUGCGAUUGUGGCUACGGCUAUGAGUGAUGUGUUUCAGGUGUAUAAUGCAAAGGAUUUCCCUGGUAUGAAGGCCAGUACGCUGCUUACAAAGAGGUUGAAGGAGCAGGGAUGCUUGAUUAGUAUCAAGAAAGGGAAUGAGAAGAGGGAGGGGAGUCAUGGUGGGAAGGGUAAGGGAGGAGGAGGAGGAGCAGAGGAGGAUGACCUGGAUGAGGAUGACGAGGAAGAUGAGGGCGGUGAGGCUGAGAUCAAGAGUCGGCCGAGGAAGCGGCUCAGAAGGAGUGGCUGA